AUGUCGCUCCGCCAAAAAGCCGCCGCCGCCGCGUCCAGCACCGACACGCCACCGCGCGUGGUCGAGCCUUCCGACGACGUCGAGGAUGAAUACACGGCGCCGCGCACCCGCUCCGGCGCGCGCCGCCGCAACACGCCGCAAACUUCGCAGACGGCCGCCCAGGACUCGUCGUCCGACGCCGACAGCACGCCCGGGAAGCGCAAGUCGCGCACCCGCAGCCGAUCACCCGUCGACCCCAACAAGCUGUCGCGCAUGACGCCGCGCAUCGCCGAGCCGACACCGACCUCGCCACCCAACGGCAAAUCCACGACGACGACGGCGGCCGGUCCUGCGCAGCUCAACGGAGGCUUCCUCGCGCCGCCGCAGCCCGCCGGCGGUGGCUGGAGCUGGCGCGACUUCAGCCGCAGCCCGAGCCCGCUCGGCCUGAUCCCGAUCCAUCGGCACUUCAAGACGUUUGUGCACAAGCACGAGGUGCCGCGCAAGGCGCUGCACGUGUCGAUUGGCUUCUUCGUCGUGUGGCUAUACACGACGGGCACGCAGACGAGCUCGGUGGCGCCGUACCUGAUGGCGGCGCUGGUGCCCGUGGCGGCGACGGAUUUCCUGCGGCACCGCUUCGCGUCGGUCAACCGGCUGUACGUGCGGGCGCUGGGCGCGCUGAUGCGCGAGAGCGAGUACGCCGGGUACAACGGCGUCAUCUGGUACCUGCUCGGCGCGUGGAGCGUGCUGUACGCGCUGCCCAAGGACGUGGGCGUCAUGGGCGUGCUGCUGCUCAGCUGGUGCGACACGGCCGCCAGCACCUUUGGCCGCCUCUGGGGCCGCUACACCAUCCGCCUGCGCCGCGGCAAGUCGCUCGCCGGCUCUCUCGCCGCGCUGGCCGUCGGCGUCGCCACGUCCGUCUUCUUCUACGGAUGGCUGGUGCCCCGCUUCGGGCCCAUGCCCGGCGACGAGGGCUUCAUGUUCAAGAACGUUCUGGCCCUGCCCGCGGCGCUAGUGGGCGAGGAGAACCGCGAGGCCUGGUCCAUCACGGGCUCCCUGGCGCUGGGUGUCAUGUCGCUCGUCUCGGGCGUUGUGGCCUCGGCAAGCGAGGUGGUGGAUAUCUUUGGCUGGGACGACAACCUGACGAUUCCAGUCCUGAGUGGCCUGGGCAUUUAUGGCUUCCUCAAGGUGUUUGGCUAA